GCAAUGGGCGACGGCAGGAAAAGGCUGAGAACAGAGUUCGUGAAAAGAGCGGGGCUGAAGAAAGAGUCGAAGUUAUGGCAGGAAGAAGCAAACAGUCACUUGAAAGCAGGCAAUCUUCCAAAGAGUUUAUACUGCUUUGAUAAGGCUCUGGAGCUCAAUCCGGCGGAAAAGAAUUCCCUAGUUGCCAGAAGCAAGUGCUAUAUCUUAUUAGGCCAACCGGAAAAUGCGUUAAAAGACGCCGAGACUGCUCUUCACGUAGAUAAAACUUUCAUAAAGGCAAUUUAUCAGAAAGCAGAAGCGUUGUACUAUUUGGGCGACUUUGAGCACAGUUUGAUGUUUUAUCACAGAGGAUUGCACAUUCGGCCCGACCAUCAAGGGUUCAAGCUCGGCGUGCAGAAGAGCCAGAAAGCCAUUGAAAAUGCCAUCGGCGCCUUUAUGCUAAAGGGCUCUUCUUCCAAAGGAACCAGUUCCAAACAUUCGAGCAAUCGAGUCAGCCCGACUUCAUUUUCAGGCCAGAGCCGAUCCAGAAGCUCCAAACCAAGCAGGCUCUUAAGGGAGUUGGCUGCCGAUAAGGAUUAUCUGGACGAUUUGAUCAACAAUCCGGAUAUUAAGUGCAAGUUUAAGGAAAGCGACGACACUAUUGAGAAAUGCGUCAAGGAAACUGUGGAUUAUUUGAAUGCAAGGCAGGAGUUUUGGAGGCAGCAGCUUCCGAAGCACUUGAAGUAGCUUGGAGGAUUGAGAAUUAUUGCAGAUAAAGCGUGCGAUGAAAGAUGAGUGCUAGCGCAAAUCAAGAAAAAAUAGCUCAAUUAAUUAUUUUGUUGCAGGCAUAAUAAAUCGACUAAAGUA